AAGCGGCGGUCCCAGCGUCAGUGGGGGCUGAGAGCCGCUGCAAGCACCUUGCACCCACCCACACACACACACAGACACACAACACACACACACAAGCCCUUUAUAAACAAGGAGUGGGAGCCAGAGCUGCUCCAGUCUGCAGAGUCCCAGGGAGGAGGAGGAGGAGGAGGAGGCUGGUAUCGAUCCUGCAGCAAACCUGUGGCUCCAGUGUAGCGAGGGGUCUGGGACAAACCUCGACCACCCAUGAACUCCAAUGGAGACCCUGCAGCCGAGGAGGGAGGCAAGCUGGAGACUCUGAUCCAGACGCUGCAGAAUUCCGUGCAGGGUGCCGGGAAGGGGCAAGGAUUCGUAUUUCGGGGAGAUAAAGAGGGAUCGCCACUGACCUGCCUCUCCGCCAGGAUACGGGAAAUUAUCACCAAAAACUUCAUGGAGGAGCAGGCUUCAGCUGACGCGCAGGAGAUGUCGUCGCUGCGGCCUCUGCAGGAGGAGAACAGCAUCCUGCAGCAGGAGCUGUCCCGUGUCGAGGACCUGAUGGCGCAGAGCCGCGCGGAGCGGGACGAGCUGGCCAUCAAAUACAACGCCAUCAGUGAGCGGCUGGAGCAGUCCCUGCGGUUGGAGACGGGAGAGCGGGAGCGUGAGAGCCUGGAGAACAAGAGCCUGGCGCAGCAGAACAUCGAGCUGAGGCGGCGACUGGAGGAGGAGCAGACGUCGUACAAACGCAAACUCCAUGCCUACCAGGAGGGGCAGCAGCGGCAAGCUCAGCUGGUGCAGAAGCUGCAGUCCAAGGUCGUCCAGUACAAGAGGAAGUGCGGCGAGGUGGAGCAGCAACUGCUGGAGAAAGCUACUGAGCUGGAACACCAUCGACUGGAGAGCCAGCUGGACAUGACGGACAUGGGGAUGCAGCGCGGUGAGGAGGAGCAGAGCACGGAGCUGGAGAACAUCCUGAUCCGUCUGGAGGAGGAACAGCAGAGGAGCGCCAGUCUGGCGCAGGUGAACUCGAUGCUGCGGGAACAGCUGGACCAGGCGGGCAGCGCCAACCUGGCACUGAGCGAGGACCUGCGCAAACUCACCGCCGACUGGAGCCGCGCCCGCGAGGAGCUGGAGCAGAAGGAGGUGGAGUGGAGGCACGAGGAGGAGUCCUUCAACAUGUACUUCAGUAACGAGCACAACCGCCUGCUGACCCUCUGGAGACAAGUCGUCGGCUUCCGGCGGCACUUCAGCGAGAUCAAGUCGGCCAGUGAACGGGACCUGUCGGAGUUGAGGAAUGACCUGGCCCGAUCCUCACGGACCAUCCACGCCUCGUGCCUCAACCUGAGCGGGCACCUGCGGCUGGCAGAUGGCAGCGCCACCGUGCAGCUGGAGCAGCGGGCAGCACAGCUGGCACAGCUGGAGGAACAGCUGCGUGACAAGGUGCGGCAGAUGAUGCAACUGCAGAGCAAGUACGACCUGGAGCGGGCAGAGCAGAGCUGCAGAGUGACGGAGCUGAUGGUGACUGUGGAUCGAUUGAAGGGCCAGAUCAGUGAGAGGGACAGGACCAUCAGCAGCCUGAACCAGACGCUGGAGAGCCUGGAGUCGAGCCGGGCUGAGGCACAAGAUGCCCAGGAGGGGGCGCAGUUAGAGAGUGUGAAGGCCGAGAUGGAAUCCCUGCACCAGAUCCUCAGUGACAUCGCGCAGGUGGUCAUCUCGGACACUGAUGGAGGGUGUCAGCCAGGCCCCGCCGAGCGGCCUGGAGACGUUGCUGAGACGGACAGCGCUAACCUGGGGCUGCCAGACCUGCGCACCCCGUCUCCACGGCGACGGGCCUCUCCCCACCGCAGCCGUUCCCCCGGUCGCCGCUCCUCGCCGGCUUUCACCAACUCCGUGUACGUGGCUGUACAGGGGGCCGUGCAGAGGAGGCAGCUCCUGGUCCAGGAGCUGCGUGCCAGGUACGAGUCGGCCCAGGACUCUGUGGGCAGCCUGAAGAGGCAGCUGGCAGACAGCGAGGGUGAUCGCCGCGCCCUGGAGCAGCAGAUCCUCAAGCUCAAGGAGGAGACGGAGGCCUCGGUGCGAGCCAGGGACGACGCCAAGCGAGACGCCAGCCGCUUCCGCUCCUCUGCCGACCUGCUGGCAAGCGAGAAGGGGAGCCUGGAGAGAUGCAUGCAGUCGCUGCAGCAGCGGGUGGAGACCAUGCGCGGAGAGGCGGAGAAGCUGCACCUGGCCAACGGCGAUCUCCAGCGGCAACGGGACAACAUGGAGGACGAGAAGGAGGACACGGUCAAGGACAAGGAAAGGGCGCUGAAGGAGAUCGAGCGAGGCCACAAGAUGAUCGAGCAGCUGGAAGGAAAGAACUCGAGCGUGAGGAAGGAGCUGGUGCAGGUGAAGGAGGCGCUGAGACAAUCCUCGCUGGUCAAGGAGGUGCUCGAGAACGAGAAGGCUGAAAUUAAAGAGGCUCUGGCCAAGGUGCAGAGCGCCAACGUGGAGUUGGAGGUGGUCCUGGGCAAAGUGCGGACGGAGCAGGCAUCGCUGCGAGACUCUCUGUCUAAGAUGAGUGCCAUCAACGAGGGCCUGGCCCAAGACAAAGUGCAGCUGAACCAGAUCAUCCUGGAGCUGGAGGAGGAGAAGGUGUUGCUACUGGGGCAGAAGAAGGAAAUGGAGCAGGAGAAGGGCUCGAUCCGUGACGAGCUGGUACGCCUGGAGCAGGAGAAGCUCGACCUGCAGGCCGAGCGGCACGGCCUGGAGCACAGCCUUCAGCUGGCGGAGCAGAGUCGACACAGCCUCCAGCACGACCUCCUCGCAUCCCAGCAGGACAAGCGAGAGCUGCAGGAGCGGCUCGGACAGGUGAGCCGCCAGAAGCAGAGCGUGAGCGAGGAGCUGGCGGAGCUGCAGCGGGAGGUGCUGCGGCAGGCCGAGGCGCUGGUGCGGGCAGCCAGAGAGAGGGAGGAGGUGACGAGGCUGAAGGCCGGCCUGGAGGUGCAGCUGUCGGCCGCCGAGCGCGAGUGCCGGGUGCUGGCGGACGAGGCGACGGCGCUCCGGUGUGAGAAGGAGGGUCUGGAGACAUCUGUGUACGAGAGCCGUCAGUGGCAGUCGCUGCUGGAGACACAGAAGGAGCAGCUGGAGGGAGAGAACCAGGCGCUGCUCCAGGCCAGAGAGGCCUUGCAGGCUGAGAGUGGCCGUGUGCGUUCGGGGCUGGAGGGGGAGGUGAUCAAGCUGGAGCGGGACAGGGACGCCCUGGAGCAGAGAGUGUGUGAGAGUGAACGGCAAUGCCAGCUCACCCUGCAACAGGAGCAGGCCGCACACCAGGCCGACCUGGAGCAUCUGCAGCACGAGAAGGAGGCCGUGCGCCAAGGGCUGGAGGAGGAGAGGGAGGAGCUGCUCCAGCAGCUGAGGCAGGAGCGCGAGGAGCUCAACGCCCGCUUCGAGGCCGAGAAAGAGGAGCUGGCGGAAGAGGUGGCUGGCCUGCAGCAGGAGCGGGACGAGACUCUGUUACUGGCUGAGAACGAGAAGCAGCAGCUCCUGUCCCUGAAAGAGUCGGAGAAGGCCAUCCUCUCGGAGAAGCUGGCCAGCGCUCAGCGGGAAUUCGCCAACGCCGCCAUCGACCUGGAGCAGCAUCGGAGAGAAGCCGGCACCCGGCACGAACAAGACCGGAGCCAAGUUAACGACCUGACAUCGGAGCUGAAGGAUUUCCAAUUGCGGUUUGAGGAGGUGGUCAACUCUCACGAGCUGGAGAUGAAGACCCAGGAGGACCAGUUCAAGGACCUGCAGAGACUGCGAGAGGCCACUCUCCGGGAGGUGGAGGAACUGAAGACCCAGCUCCAAGUGGCGGAGGACACGCGAGACUGCGCCCGCCGCGACCUGAUCGACGCUCACCGCCGCAUCCGCGAGCACCAGGAGAUGCACGAGUUCCAACACAAGGAGAUACUCGACCUCAAGCGCUCGCUGACCGAUGAAGUGAAGGAGAAGGAGGCGGUGCAGCGGUCCAACGAGGAGCUCAGAUCCAACAUCAAGAAGUCAGAGAGCGAAAGAAUCAGUUUGAAACGAGCGAACGAGGAGAAGGAGCAGAGGAUCUCGGUCCUGGACGAGGCAAAGUCAAGCGGUGAGAAGGACUCGACAGACCUGCGGGCAAACCUGCGCGAGGUGGAGCGAUCGCGCCUGGAGGCCAGGCGGGAACUUCAGGAGCUGCGGCGGCAGGUCAAGACAUUGGACAGUGAAAACACGAAGAAGGGCAAGGAGAUCGUGGACCUCCAGGCCCGGGUGACCCUGGAGGAGCAGCGAGAGGAAGAGGGCAGGCGCGAGGCAUUCGAACUGAAGCAGAAAAUCCUCCAAACUGAAUCCAGCCGGGAGUUGGCUCGUAAAGAGCUCGCCGGCCUGCAGCGCAAGGUGGUGGAGGGGGAGCACGAGUGGAGGAUGCGGGAGCGGGAGCUGGCGGGAAGUCUGGAGGAAGCGCAGGGCAACGGGAAGAAGCUGCUGGACAACGGCCGCAACCUGGAGCUGAAGCUGGAGCGCGCCCAGGCCGACGUCCACCAGCUGAGCCUGAAGCUGAGCGGGGCCGAGGGGCGGCUGGGCGGGCUGGAGGGCGAGCUGGCGCGCCUGGACGGGCUGAAGCGGGACCUGGAGUUCAAGCUCAGCUGCCUGUACUCUGCCCUGCGCCGCACCCUGGGUAUCGGCCGCACCGGGCGGGCGCAGAGCCCCGCCAUCCGUGGGCAAAGCACCUCCCCCCAACGGCGGCACUCCCCCACCAAAGGCUUUGACCACACCUUCGCCACCCCCACCGCCACCACCACCACCACCACCACGGAGGGUGGGGGCAGCCCGAUGCCGCGGACGGUGACCCCCGAGCGCGGCGCCGCCCCCCGCACCGACUCUCCGGAACGCUCGCGGUCACACUCGCCCAGCCGCAGCGAACAGACCAGCACCGACAUCGACCCGGAGGUGGUCCGGGCCGCACUGCGGGAAUUCCUGCAGGAACUACGUGACGCGCAGAGGGAACGGGAUGAAGCCCGCAUGCAGAUGUCGAACCUGUGCAGGCAGCUGAAGGAGAUGGAGGGAGACCGAGACAGCAUCGGCGCCCGCUUGCAGCAGCUGCAGAAGUCUUUGGCCGAGUGUGAGGAAGGUAAGAAGGGCAUUGAUGGGCGGCUGACCAGCGCGCAGACUGCACUGGUGCUGCAGGAGGACACCAUGCGUCGCAACGAUCGGGAACGCAAGGCGCAGCUGGAGAAGAUGGCCGCGCUGGAGAGGACCAUCCAGUCGGCCGACACGGAACGCAGGACCACGCAGGACAAGAUGAGCAAACUGAAAGGCAACGAGGCGAGGCUGGAGAUUGACCGGCGGAAGCUGAAGGACGUUCUGGAUGCGUCGGAGAGCCGCAUCACCAAGCUGGAGCUGAGGGGCCGCGCACUGGAGGGAGAGCUGCAGCGGAGCAGGCUGGUGGCGGGCGACAGGGAGGUCGAGGUGCAGGCCCUGCAGGAGCGGCUCGAGGCCCUGCAGAGGCAGCUGGCCGACAGCCUGGCCAAGGCCGGAAGCCUGCAGCUCACCGCCGAGCGGCUCCACGCCACCCUGGCCAAAUCGGAGGAGGGGGAGAGCCAGCUGAAGGACAAGGUGCAGGGCCUCACGCUGUCGCUUAGCAACAAGGCAGCCGGGGCCUCAGCCCUGCAGGACAAGGCCCAGCAGUUGCAGAAGGCCGUGAGCACCAGCGAACACGACCGUCGCAUACUCCAGGAGCGGCUGGAAGUUGCGCGCCAGGCCGUCGCUGAGACAAAGAAGCAGAACAGCGCGCUGACGGACAGACUGCAGAGCCUGCAGAGGGAGCAGCAGGACAGCGAGCUGCAGCGGGCGGAGCUGGAGAGCCAACUACGCAGGCACCAGGAGGUGCUGCAGCAGCAGCAGGAAGGUGACGAGGCGGCGCUGCGGAGCGUGCAGAAGCUGCAGGAGGACAAGCAGCUGCUGCAGGAGCGGCUGGGGGUGCUGCAGCGCGCCAUCGCACAGCUGGAGAACGAGAAGCGCGAGCUGGAGCGGGCGGCCGUCCGUCUGGAGAAGGACAAGACUGCCCUGAAGAAGACCCUGGAUAAGGUGGAGCGGGAGAGACUGCGCUCGGAGGAGGACACCAUGCGCGUGUCCGCGGAGAAAGGUCGCCUCGACCGCUCCCUCACCACCGUGGAGCAGGAGCUGGUGGAAGCCCAGAGACAAACCCAGCAGCUGCAGGCCCAGCUCUCCGACGUGGAGCAUUCACACUCGCACGGACUGGUCGAGGCGGCCGCCAGGCACCGCCAGGAGCUGCAGAAGGAGACGGACCGUCUGCGAGCGGCGCAGGUCGUGACCGAGAGGACCCUGGAGGCCCGCGAGCGCGCACAUCGUCAGCGGGUUAAAGGACUCGAGGAGCAGGUGUCGACGCUGAAGGACCAACUACAGCAAGAACUUCGCAGACGGCAGCCGCAGUAUUCCCACUCCAUCGUCUCCGGGAACUGACUCCAGUCCGGGACAGCGCAGCGCAGCGAUACGGCAGGGUCUCGUCCCGCACUCUCUUGUUCUCCCACCAGCAAUCACCGUAGAAACAUAGAAAAUAGGUGCAGGAGUAGGCCAUUCGGCCCUUCGAGCCUGCACCACCAUUCAAUAUGAUCAUGGCUGAUCAUCCAACUCAGUAUCCUGUACCUGC